AUGGGAGCAUUUGGUCUUGUAUGCUCGGCCAAAGAUACAUUAACUGCACAGAAUGUUGCUAUCAAGAAAAUCAUGAAGCCGUUUUCCACGUCAGUCUUGGCCAAGAGAACAUAUAGAGAACUCAAACUGUUGAACCACUUGAGGCACGAGAACCUCAUCAGUCUCGAUGAUAUCUUUUUAUCUCCGCUAGAGGACAUUUACCUUGUUACAGAGCUACAGGGUACGGAUUUGCACAGGUUGUUGACAUCGCGUCCGUUGGAGAAGCAGUUCAUUCAGUACUUCCUCUACCAAAUCCUCAGAGGUCUAAAAUAUGUGCACUCUGCUGGCGUCAUCCACAGAGAUUUGAAGCCCAGCAACAUUUUGAUCAACGAGAAUUGUGACUUGAAGAUUGCCGAUUUCGGGUUGGCCAGAAUCCAGGACCCUCAGAUGACUGGCUAUGUGUCCACCAGAUACUACCGUGCACCGGAAAUCAUGCUGACAUGGCAGAAAUACGACACUGAGGUUGAUAUCUGGUCGGCCGGGUGUAUUUUGGCGGAGAUGUUCGAGGGCAAGCCUCUUUUCCCAGGUAAAGAUCACGUGCACCAGUUCUCCAUCAUAACGGAAUUGUUAGGUUCGCCUCCAGCAGAUGUCAUAGACACAAUCUGCUCCGAAAACACGCUGAGGUUCGUCAUGUCACUUCCGCACAGAGAGCCCGUUCCGUUGACGGAAAGGUUCAAGGACGUGGAGCCCGAUGCCGUUGAUCUGCUGUCCAAGAUGUUGGUGUUUGAUUCCAGAAAGAGAAUCACCGCUGAGCAGGCUUUAGCGCACCCAUAUCUGGCACCAUACCACGACCCUUCCGACGAGCCUGUUGCCGAGACGAAAUUCGACUGGAGUUUCAACGAUGCGGAUCUUCCGGUGGAUACAUGGCGUGUGAUGAUGUACAGCGAGAUCCUGGACUUCCACCAGGUUGAGGGCGAGGCCAAUGGGGCUGAAUAUACAGAGAAUUCUCAGCAAUCGCAGCCCCAGCACUGA